AUGGUAUGUUAUAUUUGUUUACAACAUAAUGAUCAUAAUGUUGUAUCAAGUUCAUUAGAAACGCUUGAAAUUAUACUUAAAUAUUCAAAUAUAUUUGAUUUUGAUCAAUUAUUAACUUCAACCCAAAUUGGAUCUAUAGAAGAGAUUCGUGUUGGUGAAGCCUUAAAAACAGCUUAUUCAACAUAUCAAUGUUGUUUUAUUGAAAUGAAUGAUAAAUUCGAUUCAACAUCAAUGAUUAAUAAUGAAAAACGAACGAUAAGCUGCUAA